CCGGCACGAGCCCACGAGCCCACUUGCGCUUUGCACUACUGGUGCAAGGAUCGCGAGGCCGGUUGGCUGCUAGUUAUGUAGUAGAUACAGUACCUGGGGUUGAGCCUCAAAGCUAUGUCGUGUGUACUACUACACACAGCUCUGCUUUGAACCACCCCACUACACCCCACACGAGCACAAUCUCCUCACAAAUCACCACCCAAACCCCCACAACCACAACUAUCAAAAUGCCGUUCGCAGAAGGUCCCAGAUGGCGGGAUUUGGAACGCAUUCGGAACCGCCACGGGCCCUUAUGUGGCGAUGACUACGCUCCCGAAAUGCAGAAGGAGGUGCUUCUCGCCGAUAGCAAGAUUCUGUAUCGGCGCUGGGGGUUUAGGCUGCGAGAUCCUGAAGAAUCUGGCUCUGUCGGGGUUCACGGAUAUUCAUGUCAUCGAUAUGGAUAUUAUUGACGUCUCCAAUCUCAACCGGCAAUUCCUCUUCCGCGCAUCGGACGUCGGGCAUCCCAAGGCAGAGGUAGCCGCACGCUUCAUCAUGCGGCGCGUGCCCGGGUGCGUGAUCACCCCCUACUACGGGGCGAUCCAGGACAAGGACGAGAGCUACUACAUGCAAUUCCGGCUUGUGAUCUGCGGGCUGGACAGCGUGGAAGCACGGCGGUGGAUCAACGCAACGCUGGUGGAUAUGGUGGAUCCGGCGAACGACGAGUCGCUGAAGCCGCUGAUCGAUGGCGGGACUGAGGGCUUCAAGGGACAAUCGAGAGUCAUACUGCCAACGAUUAGCAGUUGCUACGAGUGCUCGCUGGAUAUGCUCACCCCGCAGACGGCAGUGCCAAUCUGCACGCUUGCGUCGAUCCCGAGACAGCCGGCGCAUUGCAUCGAGUGGGCGAGCAUUCUGGAGUGGCCGAGGGUUUUCGGCGACAAGAAAAUGGAUACCGACAACCCGGAGCACAUCCAAUGGCUCUUCCAGACGGCGCUCACGCGCGCGGCGGAAUUCAACAUAACCGGCGUGACCUACAGUCUGACGCAAGGCGUAGUCAAAAACAUCAUCCCGGCGAUCGCCAGCACCAACGCGAUUAUUGCCGCCUCCUGCUGCAACGAGGCCCUCAAGAUCCUGACCGCUAUGAACCCCUACCUCGAGAACUACAUGAUGUACACCGGCGACGAGGGCGUGUACACCCACACCUUCCUGCACGAGAAGAAGGACGGCUGUCCCGUGUGUGGCCAGAUGGCGAUCGAUUUCGAGCUCGAUCCUGAGAUCACUCUGGAAACUUUCAUGGAGCUGCUGAAGGAGCGGCCCGAUGUGCAAAUCAAGAAACCGUCCCUCUCAACGGAACGCAAGAAGCUGUACUUCCAGGGUCCGCCGGAACUCAGGGAGCGUACGAGACCGAAUCUGGACAGGAAGAUGCGCGAUCUGGUGGAUGACGGAGAGGAGGUGGCAAUUACCGAUCCUGGACUGCCGUUUAGUCUUAAGCUCAACAUGGUGUUCAAGAAAUGAACGGGCUAGAUACCUAGUUGAGAGGGAUGGGAAUGGGAUGCGAUGUUUCGUAGAAGCUGCCUGGUAUGAUACAUUGGGUGGCGGCGGGAAACGUUGGGUCAACUCUCAGAAUUCAUUAGCAUUGACGAAUCAUACUGGUGACGUGCGAACA